GGAAAACCCCUGCGCUUAUCUGUUAUGCUGUUAUGGAAUUUUGCUAGCAUGGUUUGGGUUCACUUGUCCUCUCAGAUGAAUGGGUGACUGCAAAUCAUUAACUCAUCACCUUUAUCCUAUAAUGAAAGAUUUCUACCCUGAUGGGAGUGGUGUCUUUCAGGAUGACUCCGCCCCCUCUGCCCCACCCCCAUUGACAGGGCAUGAAGGAUCACUGAAUGGGUUGAUGAAGAGGAAAACAGUGUAAAUGUAUAUGCUGUGGCUUUUAUGGUUAUCAGAUCUCCACCCUGGUGAACACUUAUGGGUGAUUUUGGACUACCAUCAUCAUCAUCAUCAUCAUCAUCAAAACACUGACUGAGGGAAUUUCUUUUGGAAGAAUGGUGUCCGUCACUCCAGUAAUGAGAGCUCCAGAGAAUCUGAAGACUCAUUGAAGCUGUUCUAGGAGCCAAGCCAUGUGCUGGUUUUUAACUUUAAUUUCCCAGCCAUUUCUUGAAUCUUUAUUAAUAACAAUCCUGGUCGCUUCAUUUCCACUCUUGAGUUGAACUCCUUCCUUCUCCACCCUCUGGAAAUCCACUCCAGGUUUUCCCACGAGCCCAAAACUUUGUCUUGUUCUAUCUAUGCACUCCAUGGCUCUAUCCCCACCUCCAGAGCUCACCCAGAUUACAAACAGUGUGGAGGGAGAGUGUGACUGGAGGGACUUGAACAACUUUUGCUCCUCCAGUUGAACUUCUUUUCUAUGGACCUGAUCACUGUGAGCUUUUAGACACGGGUUUAACUCAUCAGCAGUAAGUGAGGAAGGCUUCAGUGUGUGCUUGUGCUUGGACUCAAGGAGUUGAUGUGUCCUUGUGUAUGAGUGUGUGUGUGAGUGUGUGAGGGGAGAAUGUCAGGAAUAACUAGGAAAGGUUCUGGGAGACCUGGCUACUACUACAGACUGCUGGGUCGAACCCGACUCCAGAGGCAACGCAGUCGCUCCAGGAGCAGGACCAGACCUGCAAAUAAGGAUUCUCCUCCAGAGAGAACAGGACGGAGGCGGAGCAUGCCCGGCUCCGCCCCUGAUAAAACCCCGGCCACAAUGGAACCCACAGCUGCUGCCACGCCCUUUAGAGUUACAGGUUUCCUGAGUCGCAGGUUAAAGGGAUCAAUAAAGAGGACUAAGAGUCAACCCAAGCUGGACAGGAACAGCAGUUUCAAACACAUCCUGCCUGGCUUCAGACCUGUAGAUAAUGACAGAUCUCAUCUGAUGCCGAGACUGAAAGAAUCGCGCUCUCACGAGUCGUUGCUCAGUCCCAGUAGUGCAGUGGAAGCUCUGGACCUCAGCAUGGAGGAGGAGGUCCUCAUCAAACCCGUACACAGCUCCAUCCUGGGUCAGGACUACUGCUUUGAGGUGAGCACCUCAACAGGAAGCAAGUGUUUCUCAUGUCGCUCAGCUGCCGAAAGGGACAAAUGGAUGGAGAACCUCAGACGAGCCGUUCACCCAAACAAGGACAACAGCCGUCGGGUAGAGAACACCCUUCGGCUGUGGGUGAUCGAAGCCAAAGAUCUUCCGGCCAAGAAGAAGUACUUCUGUGAGCUGUGCCUGGAUGAUGCCCUUUAUGCCCGCACCUCCUGCAAGCUGAAAGCAGACAACGUCUUCUGGGGAGAGCACUUUGAGUUCACCAACCUGCCUGCUGUCCAAAACAUCACUGUCCACCUCUACAGGGACUCAGACAAAAAAAAGAAAAAAGACAAGAACAACUAUGUGGGACUGGUAAACAUCUCGGUAGAAAGUGUGACCAGUAGGCAACUUGUUGAGAAGUGGUACCCUGUUAGCACACCAAACCCAGGGAAGGGAAAGACUGCAGGACCUAUGAUCCGGAUAAAGGCCCGCUACCAAAGUAUGAAUAUCCUUCCAAUGGAGAUGUAUAAGGAAUUCGCUGAAUACACUACCAACAACUAUAUGCUGCUCUGCUCUGUGCUGGAACCAGCCAUCAGUGUCAAGAACAAAGAAGAGAUGGCUUGCGCCCUGGUACACAUCCUGCAAAGCACUGGGAAAGCCAAGGACUUCCUGACUGAUCUGAUGAUGUCUGAGGUGGACAGAUGUGGCGAGAACGAGCACUUGAUCUUUCGCGAGAACACACUGGGUACCAAAGCCAUCGAGGAGUACCUCAAACUUGUGGGCCAGAAAUAUCUUCAGGAUGCACUGGGGGAGUUUAUAAAAGCACUGUAUGAGUCAGAUGAAAAUUGUGAAGUGGACCCGCCGAAAUGUUCAGCCAGUGACCUUCCUGAACACCAGAGCAACCUGAAGAUGUGCUGCGAGCUCGCCUUCUGCAAAAUCAUCAACUCCUACUGUGUUUUUCCACGAGAACUGAAAGAAGUGUUUGCAUCGUGGAGGCAGGAAUGCAGUAACCGUGGGCGUCCGGACAUCAGCGAGCGUCUGAUCAGUGCCUCAUUGUUCUUGCGCUUCCUGUGUCCUGCCAUCAUGUCUCCAUCCCUGUUUAACCUGACACAGGAAUAUCCAGACGAACGCACGGCUCGCACACUCACACUCAUCGCUAAGGUCACGCAGAACCUCGCCAACUUCACCAAGUUCGGCAAUAAGGAGGAGUACAUGUCCUUCAUGAACCAGUUUUUGGAGCACGAGUGGACCAACAUGCAACGCUUUCUACUUGAGAUCUCCAACCCCGAGACUAUCUCCAACACGGCCGGCUUUGAAGGCUACAUCGACCUUGGCCGUGAGCUCUCCACGCUGCACUCCUUACUAGCCGAGGUCGUGUCUCAAAUGGAUCAGGCUGCCACCUCCAAACUGGGUCCAUUACCCAGAAUCCUCCGAGAUGUUCACACAGCACUGACUAAUCCAUCGAGUGUUCAGGUGCCUGCGCCAUCUGAUAGCGCUCCGUCCCCUCCGCCUGCUGGGUGCAGUGUCUCUACUAGCCUGCAGAAAAUGACCAUGGACAGUGACCUAUCAGGCCUGGUUGACUUCACCCGUCUCCCCUCGCCAACUCCAGAGAACAAGGACCUGUUUUUCGUGACACGUUCUUCAGGUCUCCAUGGCUCACCAGCCCGCAGCUCCAGCUACUCCGAGGCCAAUGAGCCUGAACUUGGCCUGUCCAAUGGCGCUAAAAGUCUGUCCAUGGUGGACCUACAGGAGGCCACCAGGACCUUGGAACUCAUCCCAGUCACAACAGAAGGUACUGUUGAGAAGCACCUGGUGGCUUGGAACACCCGGACGCCACAGUGCAACCCAUCCGGAGGCCCCACGCUCCAGAAGGUGGGGCAGAAGUCCACAAGUACAGCAGGAGAGGUGAUGCCAGGCAGGCCAGUUCAGCUCCUCGCCCCUCUGUCCUUUCAGAAUCCCGUGUACCAGAUGGCGGCAGGAUUGCCUUUGUCUCCAAGAGUGCCGACCGGAGGAGAUUCUGGCUCUGAAUGUCACAGUUCUCUCAGCUCGCACAGCAACAAUGAGGAAGCCGGGUGCGGGAAACUCAGCUUCCUGAACCAGGGGGGUGGGGUCGGGGACGAGUUGGCCAGAAGCUCUGGGGAGUUUUCAAGAAGGCAGCUCUCGCUUACUGAAGCACUGCAUGGAGGAUGCCAAUCUGCAGUGCCACGUCAAAACAGCUCCGGUCCGCAGCGCCGAAUCGACCAACCACCACCACCCACACAGGCUGCUGCCCCCCGUGGACGGACUCCGCCCAGCAUGCUGAGCUCUGCCCCGUACCCACGGCCCUCAAGUGGCAGCGCUGUUUCGUCAUCACCUGAUUGGCCGGGGAGUGGUGCGAGACUUCGUCAGCAGAGCUCAUCUUCCAAAGGGGACAGUCCUGAGACGAAGCAACGGUCACAGCAUAAGGCCCCGUCCCCAGUGAUCCCCAGUGCGUUGGAUCGUACGGCUGCGUGGUUGAUGAAUGUGCCGUACUUAGAGCAGGACUCAGAGACAGAUCCACGCAGGGAUGCUCAAGCACUCAAUGAGAAGUAUCAGGCAGAGAUAGCCGUGCUGCAGGAUCAGCUACGCGUGUGUGUGCAGCAGCUGGAGCAGUGUGAGGCUCGGCUGCACUCUCAGGACGAUCAGGCUCAACAGCUGCUGCUGCAGUACCAGAACCGUCUGGAGGACGCUGAGCAGAGACUGCACCGCCAGCAGGAGGACAAAGAGCUGCAGAUGAAGAGCAUCAUUAGUAGGUUGAUGUCUGUUGAAGAUGAGCUAAAGAAGGAUCAUGCUGACAUGCAGUCCGUAGUCGACGCCAAGCAGAAAAUUAUAGACGCACAGGAAAAGCGGAUAGCUUCUCUGGACGCGGCGAAUGCGAGGCUCAUGGGGGCUCUGUCUCAGCUGAAGGAGCGCUACAGCAUGCAGACCCGCAACGGCAUCUCACCCACCAACCCCACCAAGCUGCAGAUCACUGAGAACGGAGAGUUUCGCAACUCCUCCAACUGCUGAAGCCAAAAUAGAGACACAUUCACGUCUUAAUCCGGACUGAAAGAAUGGAUGAAGACUAGAGACAGAGCCUGACAUCACUGGAGGAGAAAGAGAAGCUAGUUUACGACUAUGUCUCUUGAACCCAAGCAAGUUCUUUUGGAUGAAAGAGGAACUGUUUUAAAAAGUCGCUAAAUUCUUUUGGCUGUGUUUUUGGGACACGAGUGAAACCUCAGACUUGUGGCUGUGACCUAGCAGUAGUGUCUGCUAGUUCACUUUAGGACAAACCACUAGAUGUAAAUCUCUAUCAGAGUAUCUACACGUAAACAAAAAGGACAUCCUGGUACAUCACUUUAUCCAUAUGGACACUACAACUUGAUGUAGUCGGAGUGCUAAAUCCCUAAACAUCCAAAUCGUUCAUUGGAAAAGGUCAUUCUCUGAAGCUUUGAGUAUUACAGAAAUACCAAGCUUCUUCAGGACAUCAAGUGCUGCUUUGCACUCUUUCUCAUACAUGGACUGUACUCUCUCAGACUGCUCCACUUCACGCAUACCCACAUGUAGUGCACUUUGUGAGCUAUUAACAUGAUAAGCCUUAAAAAAAAUGAACUGCAGCUCCUUUAUCCCUUGAUCUGUGUCUGUAAGGUAGAGAGUUCAAAUGUAUUAUUUAUUUUUAAACCUACUCUUGGGAAGAAAUGAUCAGUUAACUUUAAAUAUAUAUAUAUAUAUAUAUAUAUAUAUAUAUAUAUAUAUAUAUAUAUAUAUAUAUAUAUAUAUAAAAUAAUAUAAAUACAUAUAUAUAGUUAUACUUUGUAUGUACUGUAUAUGUGCGCGCACACAUGUACACACAGGUCGUAAGUACACAUUACUUCAGUAAUAAAAAAAAUUGCAGAGUAGUAUAAUAGCAAAUGAUAUUACAUAAUAUCAAUAAUAAGAAUACUAUCAAUAUAUCAAUGAGAUAAUCUCCCAAAGCUUCAACAGCACUUUAUUCUGCUAGCUACGCCAUUUCCUGACAAAUCUUUCCUACUCUGCAAUUUUUUACCUCCACAUAUAUAGUUUCCACUUUACUCAAUCGAUCCUUCCCGAGACUUUGUUAAUGACCCCCGACACCAAGUAUGCAGUCAGUUCCAGUUAUUAUACAUUAUUUAUUAGUGUUUAUGCUUCAAAUGGCCUCCAUAGACUGGUGAUGAUGUUUUAUUUUAUUUUACUGUAACUUGCCAUGGAAGCAUCAGUUAAAAUGUUAAUGAGCAUUAUAAUCUUGGCAGCACCCACAAACAAUUUGCACACAACUUCUGUGUGUUGUUUUGUUUCCCACUUCUGUGCCUUCUUACUUUGAAGGCUGUGGUGUUUUUUCGUUCUUACAUGUGGCGCCAGGUUUAGUCUGUAGUCCUUCAGCGUAUCUAGAGCUUGUAUAUUUUUGUAUUCCUGUUCAUAACUGUUUAAGGAGCCACAUGCAGUUAUUUAUGACAUGCGCUGUGGUGAAAUGUGAUGCUGAAGCUUUAAUUCAGCCAUUUUCCCCCCACCACCACCACCACCACUACGAAACAUGAGAGACAAGUGUGGCUCUCUUUAUUUGACUGCAAAUAAUCUAGCGAUGCAACAGGCCUGGGCCUUGGGAACUCAGAAAAUGGUAUCGCUAUUUUUACAUGCUCUUAAAAAAAGAAAUAGAAAAGGUCUGUCUGCUGUAGCAAGACAAGAGGUGUGUCCUGUAAAUAUUCUAUAAAAAUAAAAUAUAUAAAAUAUAUAUAAAAAUAUAUAUGAACUUCAACAUGCGUUCUGCUGAUAGGACUUAGAGAUUCCACUUCCUACAAUGUUACUGCUGUUUAAAUGUCAUUUUAUUUUUGAUAUCCAGUCGUGAAUGCAAUUGUCCCGCAGAUUUAUUAAUAUACAUUGUGAUCAUGAUGCAAAAGAUUUGUUUAUCCAGAGAGUUUACAGAAUACAGAAGCACAAAAAACCUAUCAUUUUAUUCUGCCCUGUUAAAUACACAUUAAGCCUAUGCACUUUUUAUUUUAAAUGACAUUUAGGCAUCCCUAAAUGGAAAGUACAAGAUGUUAGAUCAAUUCCUGUUAGAAAUGGUAAAAUAAACAGUGGUAGCCCACUAGAACUCGUGGUUCUACUAAUUGGAAGGUCGUGAGUUCAAAUCGUAGAACUGCCCUAGAGCUGCUCUUUGGUGCUUGGACCCCUAAAUGCUCAACUACAAGCUUGCUUAGUCACUUUGCAUAAAGUGUCCCUUUGAAAUAAACGUCGAUCUGGAUUAAGAAAGUAGUGGAUACAAGUCUGAACCAUGUAGCAAAUCAGAAAUUGUGAAAAAAAUUAUUAUUAUUAUUUUUUUUUAAUACUGUGCCCACUUCAGAUGAUGAAUAACUACAUAGUCAGAAUCAAGGUGCUCAUUUGUGAGUGAACGGCCCUGAAAUGGAAGCACUUUCUGGAUUUUUUUUACUCAUCAAUUCUAAUACGUUUGGUGCUUUACUUCUUGAAAUUGUCCUAAUUUGUAGCCAGUGACAUAUAAAUGAACAUGUGCUGCAGCUCUGUUGCAUUUUAGCACUAUUUAAUCUUAAAGCAGUAGCCACGCUUAAAGCCCAUACUUCAGUCGCUCACAUCCAACUGAACUAUAGGCCUUGCCAAAUGACAAUCUAUUCACAACAUCACCGUUUGCUAAGUGAUCAAGUCAUUGUGUUGAUUCUUAUAUACCGUGCAGCAUACAAAGAAAAGUAUUCGCUAACAUCUCCAGGUCGUCAGAUAUCUCAGUGGCACACACCUGUUCUCAGCAGUCGAUGUGGUAUAUAAGCUUUGUCAAAAGAGACAUGAAUCUCUAAAUGAAUAUGAGACUAUGUUAUAUGUUGUAUAAUCCUUGUAGAGAAACUUUUGUAAGUAUGUUUAAAGUAUUGGCUUCUUUUGAGGAUGACGAGAACAAUAAUGUACAGAGAGAUAUGUCCUUGUUAAGAAUUAUGAAAAUGUGGCUGUGCAAUUUAAUGUACAUUGGCAACUAGGAUAAUUAAAAGUUUUAUUUAGAUAUUUUA